GCGCUACACUCUAAUCAAAUUAACACACGAAAAUAUAACAACAACUUCCGAGUCAAAGAAAACGAUCGUGUUCCGUUAGCGUCCCUCUUCUUCGAGCGACGUAGAGUUUCACAGUAUUCCAUAAACUCGGAUAGACCACACUCUCUCUGUGCCUCUCUGAUACAAUUACAUCUGAUUUAAUACGAUUUACAAUGGCUGCAUUUCUCUGUGUUUUUGAUUGAUCCGUUCGUUUCGCUAGUCGUAGUCGCACACAAAAUGGCGAAUCGAAGAUUUGGGAAUCAGGGUCCUCCGCAGCGAGGUAACUCGGGCGGGCGCAGUUUUGGUGGGCCCGCGUCGAACAUUAGCCCCUGGCAAGGGGGCGCCCCACCCGGCGCGCCAGCCAAUAAUCAAAAUAUCCAAAGUCAACUGGCACUUGCUCUCACUAAUCUCAUCCAGCAGUCUACCCAGCCACCGUCUAACGACGGCCCGCCGUCGCUGCUCAAUUUAAACACAUCUCCCGGAUUUUUCAAUCAGGAUCAGUAUAAUAAUCAGAAUCAGCCGCGAUUCCCAGGCGGCAAUCGCGGUAGGCAAGAUUUCCGCCGCAAUGAGCCUUACAAUAAUAAGAAUCGUAUGAGUGGCUGGCGUAAUGAUAACAAUCGCAACCGAGGAUCUAAUCAUUUCUCGUCACAAAAAAAAGACUUUAAUUCUCGCGAUAAUCACAAGGGCCAGCGACCUACGCCAAGAGAUAACUCUAAGAAAUUUAAUGAUAAGCUUUCUUCUAAGCAAGAAAAACCAGCAGCUGAAGCAGCUGACAAUGGCAACAAGCAAGUCAAGCAACAGCAGCAACCACAACAACAGUUGGCACCUGCGGUUAAAGUUGAAGAUGCACCCAAGUCUGAGGAACAGAAGGAAGAUGGUCCAAAGCUGCCCACUAAGUAUGACCACAUCCCGAAUGGGCUUUUGCAUUGCUGCGUCUGCAAUAAAAGCAUGUGGGAUGGUGAAUCCUUCCAAAAUCACGUUGGAGGCAAAGCGCAUAAACAGAUGAUUGCCAGUUUAGAGGAAAGCUUCCAGAUUACUGUUAAUAUUCUGCGUGAAAAUAUGCGUCUGACUGAGGAGCGUAAGGUGAUUGAGUUCGAACGCAUGAAGCGCUCACGUCGCUAUCAACAUAAUAAUCAACAUGAGCCGGAGAGUCAUUGCAACAUGUGCGAUUUGAAGUUUAUGGGGAAGAUUGUUUUGCACAGACAGUCUGAAGGUCAUCAAAGACUCAAGCGUUUUCUGCAUCCAAAGUGUAGCAAAUGUCAUCUCGAGUUUACAUCGCGCAUGGAAUGGGUGGAUCAUAUCUUCCUGCCUGAGCAUUUGCAAAAGGUUAAAGAGUAUUUGGAUAAUAAGAACACUGACUACGGAGAGUACAAAAUGUCGAUGAAGGUUGACAUUGACAAUGAUCCGCUUUUGGAAGAGAAUAUGCAGAACGAGGAUGAUAAUCCGAUUCUGGAGUUGUCUGAUGAUUUGAAUAAUCUCUUCAAUCGCAUUCCAGUCUUCAAACAUGACCGCCCCUUGGCGAAGGAUAGUUUGAAGCCGGCUACUGGAUUCAUCUGCGAGAUGUGCAAGAUGUUUAUGCCUACAAAGGAAGCUUCUGAGGAGCACAAUAAAUCAUAUAAACACUACGUGAAGUUCGUCGAGACCAUCAAGGCGAAGUACCAACGUCAGGCGAACGAGAAGAAAAAGGCUGACGAAGCAGCGACCAAGCAGGCCGCUGAAGCUAACACAACUGAAGUCGGCAAAGACGAAGUAAUUGAUGUCAAGAAUGAACCCGAGACAACUUCUUCCACUAAAGUGGAUGACGCUCAGAAAGAAAACGGAAAUGGUAAUAAAAAUUGCCAAGAAGAUGAGGAAGAUGCCGCUUUUAAUAAUUUGUUAGAUGAUAUCUACACCGAAGUGACAGCAGAGUCUGCCUUCGAGAGCAAGGAGUCUGCCCCAGUAAAGGAGGAGGAUGUGGUGGAGAUUAAAGAAGAGGAAUCAGAUGUUGUUGAGGUGGAGAAACCUAUCACACGUCAAACGAGACGUUCUGCCGUGCGUGUCAACGGCACUCCUCCAGCCGCCAAGAAGGCGCGCUCUUAGAUUUUUAAUUUUGAACUUGCAAUCAUAAUUAAUUUUAUGUUUUUUUAUUUGCUAGGAUUAUUAUACCCAAAUAGAUAAAUCAGUUCUCGUGUAUUCAUAUAGAGAAGUAUGUAUAAUUUAUGUAUUGAUAAGUAUGUGUUGGGUAGGACUGAAUAGUGCGAUGAGCAUGUAUUUCUUCAAAUGUAUUUGGAGUAAUUUGAUGGUCUUAUUUUUAUAAAUUUAGUUCAAUAAGUAUACUAAAUAAAUGACUUACAGAUAAAA